AGAAUAAUAUAUUGAUGAUUUGUUGUUGUUGUAUGGUCUUAUACUAUUGUAGAUGGUUGUUUAGUCUAAAAAUCGGUUAGUACUUGUUUAUAUGGUGUUUAGUUUAGUCUUUUUUUUUUUAAUUUAAUUAAUCCUUAUUUUAUAUUUUUUCGGCUAGCCCUCCCUACAAUUAACUUCUGGAUCCCUGUCCCUAACAAUAUUAAAGAUGGAUACUAAAUAAACUAAUGAUGAUGAGGUUAAUUUUAUAAAAUUGUUAUUUCUUGUCAUCUACUUCCUUUGAACUCAUUAAUACACAAAAAUAUAACUAAUUUGACAUUAAUUAAGAAAGUUAGUUCUAUAAAAAAUAAUAAUGUUAUUCCUAAAAUAUAAUUGUUAAAAAAACAUGAAAGGUUCAUAUAAGAAAAACCCUUUGAAACUUGCUCUAUGAUUGUAAGGCUGGAAUGUGAAUAAAUUCAAGUAUAGUAACUCAAAUAAUUAAGAUAACUUAAACAAUUCAAAUAAUAACUUAAAUAAUUAAUGCAAAUAGUAACUCAAACAAUUAAAAUUGUUUAACAACGCAAAUGUAACUCAUUUGAAGUUCUUUUAUUUAUUUUUUGGGAACACGUUGAAGUUUUUUUUUAAGUAACUAAUAAAUCAAAAUAAUACAUCAAAGAGAAAGUAACAAAUCAAUAUAGUACAUGAUGAUUAUUGAAGAAAAUUUCAUGCUAUUGGCAUAUUAAUCAAAUAACAAGCGAUUCUAAAUUUAUGAAUAAUUAUAAAUAGAUUUCAAACUCUUAAAUUUUAUUACAACCCCCUCUUGUAAUUAGCUGCAGCAGGAACCUUCGAGAAUGUGGUUAUCCUUAUGUUUAUGUGAUGUAUGAUGCACAAAUGUCAUGUAGUGUCAUUCUAUCAUUUCUAUCUUUGGCCAACGCAAAGAAAAACGCAGAAAAGCAGUAAAUAACGGUAAUUUUUGCUGAAAAAUAAUAAUGUAGGAGACUCGGUCUUCUUAUCCGUUGCUUGUUCUAGAUGAUUUCAUUCUAAGGCAAGCCUAAACUAUAGCCAACAAAAUCUUGUAUGUUUCUGCAACCAAUGAAACAACAAACGAAACUCGCUCAAAACAAACAAAUAAGGAAGGGAAAAAAAUAGAAACAAACAAAAACCACUUUUCUCCUUGUUUUCUUAAUUUUUUCUUCUCUUGCAAGAGUUAAGCUUUUUCAUGCAAUUCUAACACCUGAAAGAAAGAAAAAAGGGUUCAAAGAAAAUCUGCCAAAAUAGGUAAAGGAAGCAAGGAACAGAAUGGAGGAGGAGAGAGCAGUAGCUCAUCCUCCUCUGAUGAAAACUCUCCUAGGAAAGGCACAACAAAGAUGGAGACACCAUUAAUGUUCAACAGUGAUCUCAAUUCCACGGGGACCACAGAGCUCCAAUAUGCUCCUGAGGGUCUAGUUGACACAAAUGGAGGAGACUACACUGAAAUGAGUGGCCUUGCAGAUUUCAAAAAUGUGUUCUCUGUGGAAUCCGUAAAGCUCUGGACAAUUGCUGCACCCAUUGCCUUCAGCAUACUAUGCAAUUAUGCUGUCAAUUCCUUCACAACUAUCUUUGUAGGCCAUCUUGGAGAUUUAGAACUCUCUUCAGUUUCACUCUCUCUCUCUGUCGUUUCAAAUUUCUCUUUUGGCUUCUUGCUUGGUAUGGCAAGUGCACUAGAGACUUUAUGUGGGCAAGCAUUUGGUGCUGGACAAGUAGAAAUGUUAGGGGUCUACAUGCAACGUUCUUGGUUAAUCUUAUUGGGUGCAUGCAUCUGCCUCACACCAAUUUACAUUUAUGCUGAGCCAAUCUUGUUACUCCUUGGACAAGAACCUGAAAUUGCAGAGUUAGCUGGUGUAUUUACCAUUCAAUCCAUCCCUCAGAUGUUUUCUCUAGCCAUCAAUUUCCCCACCCAGAAGUUCUUGCAGGCACAAACCAAAGUGGGAUUUCUUGCAUGGGUUGGUUUUGGAGCCUUUAUUUUUCACAUUAUACUUCUAUGGAUUUUACUUAAAGUGCUUGCAUUGGGUACAACUGGUGCUGCUGUAGCCUAUAGCACAACAGCUUGGGUUAUUGCUUUGGCUCAAACAGCUUAUGUGAUUGGUUGGUGCAAAGAUGGGUGGAGAGGCUUCUCGUGGUUGGCAUUCAAGGAUCUUUGGGCCUUUGUGAAAUUGUCUGUUGCUUCAGCAGUCAUGCUAUGCUUAGAGGUUUGGUAUUUUAUGAUCUUAAUUGUGCUCACUGGACACCUUGACAAUGCAGUUAUUGCUGUUGGUUCUCUUUCAAUAUGCAUGACUAUCAAUGGAUUUGAAGGCAUGUUAUUUAUAGGGAUCAAUGCAGCAAUUAGUGUGAGGGUUUCCAAUGAGCUUGGAUCAGGACACCCAAGAGCGGCAAAAUAUUCAGUCAUUGUCACAAUUAUUGAGUCCCUCGUCAUUGGGUUAAUUUGUGCAGCCAUUAUUUUAAUAACAAAAGAUCAUUUUGCCAUCAUUUUCACUGAGAGUAAAGAGAUGAUAAAAGCAGUUUCUAAAUUAGCAGGCCUUCUUGGGUUAACCAUGAUUCUGAAUAGUGUUCAGCCAGUUAUAUCAGGUGUUGCUGUGGGAGGAGGGUGGCAGGCUUUGGUGGCUUACAUCAAUCUAUUUUGUUAUUACAUCAUGGGACUCCCUCUUGGCUUCCUUUUGGGUUACAAGUUGGGUUACAGAGUGGAGGGUAUUUGGGUUGGAAUGAUUUGUGGGACAAUAUUGCAAACGCUCAUCUUGUUGUACAUUGUCUAUAAAACAAACUGGAACAAGGAGGUUGAGCUAGCAUCAAGUCGAAUGCGGAAAUGGACCGGACAAGAAAUUGAAAUUAAUUUGGCAAAUUCUCAGCAACCAGUCACACAUUAAUCUCUUUCAAACCAAGAGAUGGCUGCAUAGAGAUGGCUGAAGUGGACUUUAUCUCUCUUAACGAAUAUUUUUUCAUAUAUAGUCAGUGAUCGAUAUGCUCAAGAAAUUUAAUCACCUGCAAA